AUGAGGACGGCGACAAGACUACUGUUCUGCGCUGCUGCGGUCGUUCCCGCCAUCACGGCUCACAAUCAUCAUGGCGGCGGGAGCAAGAUCCCAGAAGGCGAGACUAUCUCGCCUGAGCCCCUGGGCAUUGUCAUGUGGGUCCACAUCUUCAUCCAAAUGUUCGCAUACGGGGUCGUCUUUCCCAUUGGCAUGGUCCUGGGUAUUGGCAAGUCCCGCUGGCACGUCCCAACCCAAGUCCUCGGCACGACCCUCGCCAUCGCCGGCUUCUUCCUCGGCCACGCGCACACCGGCCGCGAGUACAAGGCCAACAACAUCCACGCCUCGUUUGCCUGGAUCCUCCAGAUCCUACUUGGCGCCCAGAUUGUCUUGGGACUGUAUCUCAAGGGGCACUGGGAGGAAGGAAGGAUAAACAGACCGUUGCGCGCACUGCUCAGACCCUGUCACUCAGUCCUGGGAAAGAUCAUGCCAAUCGUAGCAUGGACGCAGAUGGUCUUCGGCGGGAUAACAGCGUUGGGGAUUUGCCAGGGUGAUUAUCUCGGUCAGUGCGCCGCGCAUUUUAUCAUGGGCAGCGCUUUCGUCGGCUAUGGCAUCCUUCUCACCAUCGUCCUCCUCGUCGGCCAGCUCUGGCUCCGGCGACGAGGCCGAUCCCAGGAAUUCUACGAUAGCGCUGUCAUUGCUACAUUCGGCUGUAUCAACACCUUCACCGAGCACCGCUGGGGCACAGCCUGGGUUCGCAAUGACUGGCAGCACACGGCCAUCGGGAUUAUCUGGUGGUGUGCUGGUGUGGUUGGGAUGUGGUUGAGCUGGGACCAUCACAGCAAGAAGCCAAAGCGCAACUUCAUCCCAGGGGCGGUUCUAUUCGUCACCGGGUGGACCAUGUCUGCACAUCCGCAGGAGCUCAUGGUUAGCGCUGCAACGCACGCUGCGUUUGGGUUUGCGUUGAUGGCGGCGGGGGUUUCGAGGAUUGUUGAGAUUGCGUUUGUUCUGCGGGACGAGCAUUCUGUUGCGGAUGGUGAUGGUGGGUGGGGGUGGAAUAGCUUUCAGUUUCUUCCUAUCUUUUGCCUCUACGCCGCCGGCUUCCUUCUCAUGGGCGCCAACGCCGAGCAAAUGGCGCUCAUCGACGCCUCAUCCAUCGACCACGUCUCGUACAUCCUUGUCCUUCUCUCCGUUGCCUGUAUUGUCUUUCUCUUCGCCAACGUGCUCAUCUACAUCUAUGAUCGUCUCUCCAACGGCCAGCCGAACAACGUCACAGACUACCCAGACGGCCAUGUUGCCGGGGAUGAUCGCGUUGUGCCCGUUGGGGAAGGAGAAUUUGAACUGCGCGGUCUCAUGAGCGAUGACGACGACGAUAGCACCUACGACGACGAUCCGGAUGAGAGCAAGCGGAUGCUGGACAGCGGCGGGUCGAGCUUCGAGGGCAACAGGUCGAGUACGUCGGGGAGGUAGGUAACCAGCGUCCAGGGGCGUUUUGACCGCGGCUAGGCUGGCGAGCGCUGUAGGAGGUUUUUCAAUACUAGAGCUAGAUAACUAACCCCACUCCCUAU